UUUGUGACAAAUCUUAGGAAAUGCAUCAAAUGGGCCCAACUAUUUGCAUAGCAUGCCGAUCCCAAGGUUACGGCAUGAUUUCGAUCCACCACCAUCCGAAUGAGCUGGAUAAAAAGUUUCAGUUUACUACUGGAAUCGAGGUUGUUAAAGGAGAUCAUCUGUGUGUCGCAUGCUACGAUGAAUUGAAAAUAGCCUACAAUUUCAAGCAAAAAUCCGUUAGAAACAACAUGAAUAUAGUCAAGUGUGUACACAAAGAGAAUACAGUAGUUGAGUCGCAAUCAGGUGGUUCCAUGGGUGCUGCUAGGACCUCUCGAGUGGCCGAUAUGGAUGAAGCUGGUUCCAGCAAGCAAGGUGGAAACCCCGAAGUGCCGCAAGAUAAGCCUGUGGAAGCUGAAGCACGAUGCGAGGUGUGCAACAAGACAUUUCGCAAAACCCGCCUUCUACGAGCGCACAUGAUGACUCACCACCAGACAGAAGAGUCUUUGAAUCUGUCAAAAUUUUACAGUAUUAUUAUGUAGGUAGCUGAACAAAUGAUAUUUUAACAUGAAUA